CUGAGUGUUUUGGGAAGCGUCUGAGUCUCGGGAGGGAAGGAGGGAGGGAGGAGAGCGGAGGUGGAGCCGCUGGCGGAAACUGCCGAGACGCUGCCGUGGCGGCCGGAGGUCCCAUGGCUUCGCCUCUGAUGGGCGCACAGCUGAGUGAGGCAGGCAGAUACCCACGCCUGUCGGGCAGCACGAACCCGAACGCGGACUGGAUGUCGGCGCUGUGCCCCUCGCUCUGGGACGUCCCGCUCCAGCACCUCUCCAUCCCAGGGAGCCAUGACACGAUGACUUACUGCCUGAGUAAGAAAUCCCCGAUCUCCCACAAGGAGUCCCGGCUGCUGCAGCUUCUGGCCAAGGCCCUGCCGUGUAUCAUGCAGCCCAUCGUGCUCAAGUGGUCCGUCACCCAGGUGCUGAGUGUCACGGAGCAGCUGGACGCCGGGGUGCGGUACCUGGACCUGCGGGUCGCACACAUGCUGCAGGGCUCCGAGAAGAACCUGCAUUUCGUCCACAUGGUGUACACGAGCGUGCUGGUGGAGGACACGCUCACGGAGAUCUCUGAGUGGCUGGAGAAGCACCCCCGGGAGGUGGUCAUCCUGGCGUGCAGGAACUUCGAGGGGAUGACAGACGACCUUCACGAGUACCUGGCCACUUGCAUCAAGAACAUCUUUGGGGACAUGCUGUGUCCCCGAGGGGAGGUGCCAACACUGCGUCAGCUGUGGGCGCGGGGCCAGCAGGUGAUCCUGUCCUACGAUGACGAGUGCACCGUGAACCGACACAGGGAGCUGUGGCCAGCAAUACCCUACUGGUGGGGGGACCAGGUGAAGCCGGAGAAGCUGGUCCGCUACCUGGAGCACAUGAAGAGCUGCGGCCGCCCAGGCGGGCUGUUUGUGGCGGGCAUCAACCUGACGGAGAACCUGGAGUACAUCCUGGCGCACCCGGCCCAGUCCCUCAGGAAGCUGACGCUGCCCCACCUGCCGUACCUGAGCGCGUGGGUCCGGGAGCAGAGCCCGGGGCCCGGCACGCGCUGCACCAACAUCAUCGCGGGGGACUUCAUCGGUGCCGACACGUUCGUCCACGACGUCAUAAGACUGAACGAGAAGCUGCUUCGCUGACCGUGUCCUUCUCAGGCUCAGCAUGCGGGCCGCGCCCAGGCCCCUGCUUCAGCUCUCGGCCACACAGGGCGAGCACGGGGCCGGCAGCCCCAGGCAGGGUCCCCGAGCGUCCUCCCUGACAGAAGUGCCCCAUUGGCGGCCCCCGGCCUCACCGUUCUCGGUGUCUCUGGGGUUCGAUUCCAUGACUCAUGAUGAUUAAAGACGGUUAAGCGAUCGCGUCUUCUAGGGAAGCAUCACCUGGAAUUGCGGGGCUCUGGCCGUGCUCUGGUGGCCCACGGCAGGCUCAGAGGCGUCCCCUCACCUGGGGCUUCUGAAAGCAGCGCAGUGACACCCUGUCAGCUGCUUGAAGCCCUUGAUAAUGCCACGUUGUUCGAUAGGACUGAAUGGGUAGAAAUCUACUUGUUUAAAUAAUAGAACCACCCUUUCUAACUCU